AUGCGUGUUGUUAUUACUGGUGCAUUUACGGAGAAGCUAAGAACUUAUUUUUCCGUUUCUCGCUCUGCUAUUACGAAUUUCUAUGUCGACCCUAAGCAACGCGGUCUGCGAAGUAUUACGGCGCGCGCGCCCUCGAGUCCCCGGCUGCCUAAUAGGGCACCCAGAAGAGGCUUUUUGGUGGUGGCAAUACGAUUAACGGAUUAUAAUACGGAGUAUUCCAAGACAUAUAAUCAUACUACAGCAAUAAACAUGCGGCGUCCUGGGCGUGUCUUUGGGCCGACCCGAUUUGCCUUGUCUCGGGCGCGCCAGUUAUACCAACAGUGCAGCGGUGCGGGCGGAGGACGAGCUCCUGCCUUUUCUAUGCUCGUGGCAAGGAUGAUAAAAGAAAAAGUUGGCCGAAACUACGUGGAUAUUUUGACAGAUAAUAUUUUCUACAGGUACCCCAAUGCCUCCACCGGGGAGGAGCAGAGAUCUCUGAAGGCGCAGGCAGCGAUGUCUCGUGCUGUCCCCUAG